AUGAAGUGCACCUUCUCCCUCCUCUGGGCCUUCCUCGCGCUUCUCGUGCUUGCUAUCGCAGCCCCGGACGUCAUCGACAUCGACAACCUUGCAAUCUCCUCCAGCCUACAGCCAGACGCUCAAGAAGUGUCGACUCUUCGUACUUCUUCGGUGCAAACAGUUCCCCAGGAAUCAUCGAUCCUUGGUACUUCUCCCACCCCGGCUAGUUCCCAGGUAUCAUCAGAAGAUAUCUCGUCCGAAGACGGUUUAAUCGCCGAGCUCCACGGUCUCACUAACACAAACACAACGUUGUCGACUGCCAGCUCCGAUGAUAACGAUGCCACGACCGCCUCCGGGGGGCAGUGGCCUAAUCUCAAAGACUGGUAUCGAGUUGAUGUUCGUCUCGGCGAAGGAGCGACCCACGCUGGAACCUUCCAAUUAGAACGAAUGUAUGAACGCAUUUACUCGGUCCUCAAAAGCUGUAAAAAAGGGUCUACCAUGGACGAAUGCUCUAUCCGCAACGCGGUUUGGAGAGAUGGCGACAACAAUUACCGAACAGACUCGACGCUCUAUCUCGAAGUCGAGCACUCGUACUUCGAUCCAGGGUUUCCAGGCCUCCCGGACUUGGGAUAUCGUAUGAUGGCUAGAGUCUACCAAAAGAUGACCGAGGUUCCGCGGAACUGCUUCACAAUCACGAAAGACAAAAAUGGGGGCUUUAAGGAUAACAGCGGUGGUGACAGAGACUUGCACUUUUGCACCGUUCCAAGCAGAGCGCUCAUCGUAUACCCGACCAACGGAGGUCCAGUUCAGAUGGUCCUCAAAGUCAAACUGGAAUGGGAUCACAAGACAUCCAGCCAAAACUACGAAUGUAAAAGUUUUUCGGAUUCGGGCGUUGCAGAGUACGGAACCGUACCAUUUCGCAACGGUUUCAAUGAAGAAAUCGCCAAACUGCACGGAUGGAGAGCAGACCGAGUCACCACCUUCGUCGACUGCUCAAUCGACAAAUGCUUUUACACUGAUCCGAAGCGUGACAACAUGGAAUGGCAGGAGCAAAGAGACUGCAAGCCGCGAUCGAAUCCGAGAGGGUGCGACAAACUCGAAGGGGGUCCCAAGGCUGAAUACCACUGUCCUCCGGAGUACGCUGGGUGGUAA